AUGUCUUCUGAUGGAUCUGGUUUCUCGGAACUGCCAUUGAUAAACCGAUAUUUCGAACCCCCGGAGCCCUCGAAUGAGGGUGAGGUUCACUCAGAUUCCGAUGUGGCUAUCACUUCAGAUGACAUGCCCAUCAUAAAUGACCACCCUCUCUCAUCCCGCCCUCGCCGUCAAAAUACAGCUAUCGAUCUCUCCGAAGCUGCAUCCGCCGUGCGUCCCUCAUUCCUCGAUGAUGUCGAGUCUGUGGCCAUGACCUCCGAUGACAUCUCCAUCUCAAACGAACACCCACUCAGCCUCCGCGAACGUCGGCAAAACACAUUCAUCCCUGUAGCGCAGGCUGCUGCACUCUUGCGUCCGUCUCGCGCUGAGGACCUCGAUGACUCGGUUGCUGUUACUUCUGACGAAGACAUGCCGUUGGGUGAACAUCCUCAUCAACUUUCUAACCGUUCUCGAAGACAAGACGAGUAUCACCCUGCCGCUCCAGCUGCACAUCUCUUGCGUCCUUCUCGAGCCGAAGACCCCGAAGAAGCAAUGGCUGUUACCCCCGAUAAUAACACGCUGUUGAGCGGACAGCCUCGUCCACUUUCAAGUUACGCCCGAAGACAGGUCGAGCACCAACCCGCUGCUCCAGCUACUCCAGCUGCGGAUCUUUUACCUGAACCUCCGAGAGGACGAAGACUAGGACGCGGACUCUCAACUCCCAACGCAACCGCCGGUCCCAGUACAGAGCCCUGUGACUUUUCACCUAUCCAAUAUGGAUUUGGAUAUGGCGGGUUCGAUCGUGGAAACUUCUUCCUCACGGAGCAAGUAGACGAUUCAGAGCCGGACCCUGACCCAUCGAGGCCGGGAUUGCGCCAACGCUACUUGUCUUUCAGCACAUUUGACAGACAGCUUAAUAUCGAUCAUUGGGUUUGGCAGAAUUCAAUGGUGGCGAGAUAUGAACAGUCUCUUGGGUUGUUUCCCGGUGUGGAGCUGGAUGAAGAUGACGAUCCUGGAACCAGUGCUAACAAAUCGGAGCAGAAAGACGAGAAGGGAAAGGGGACUUAA